CGCUCUGAUUCAUUAUUGGAAACAUCCUUAAGAUCAUAUCAAUAUCACUUGUGAGCACCGUCAGUUCUGACCAUUGUUUCAUUUCACCCAUUAAAAUCUACAUUUUCCUGAAAAAAAGGUCAGAAAAUCAUCAGUAUUUCAUAUGUUUUUCUUUGUGUGGUCUUAAAAAAAAAACACAAUUCAUGGUUCAUGUGUGUUUGUUCAUGCUGUGUUGACUGAAUGACCCUCACAGCCUGAAUACAAGGACUUCACAUCUUUUCUGUCUGUGUUAAUGUCUCUCUUCGGUUGCACUGACAGACGUUCAGGUUGGUCAAAUUCUGCACAGCAGCUCUUCAGGCUACUCUGUUCUGCAGUUUAUUGGUGAAGGCUGCUUUGGUAAAGUGGCCAAGUGCCAAAAUCUGGCAACCAAAGAGACAGUGGCUGUGAAGAUCCUCAAGGAUGCCAAGUUUAUCUGUUGCACUGAGAAUGAGGUAGAUUUUCGGAGUCAGUACAUCCCCUUCCCUGGAUUUUGUAUGCUCCAGAGAGACUGUGAACUGCUGUCAUGUCUCCUGUUUUUACCACAGGUGACCAUGCUAGAGAUGAUCCGUGCCAUGAAUCCAGAUUACACAAACAUAGUGACGUUCUUUGAGCGGUUUGAACAUAGUGGACAGACCUGUCUGGCAUUUGAAAUGCUGGACGGGAGUCUCUAUGACCUGCUCGAACAGCAAGAAUGGAAACCAUUGUCUCUGAAUGAGAUUCGACCGAUCGCGAAGCAGAUGUUGGUGGCUUUGAAUACCCUCAAGGAGCUUGGUAUUGUGCAUACUGACAUCAAACCGGACAAUGUUAUGUUUGUCAAUAAGCAGGACCAGGCCCUCACCAUAAAAUUAAUAGACUUAGGGGCAGCCAUUCCAACCUCUGAUCUUCAGCCAGGGAUGGAGCUACAGCCACUUGGAUACAGGUGUCUUCAUCCUACAGAACUAAUCCAUUAA